AUCAACUGUCAUUCUACAUUUUUACAUUUAUUACUCAAGAUUUUAGUGUGAACAUUGAAAAACCUUAAAUUGUUUAUUAACUCAUAAUUAUUAGGAAAGUCUAUUUUAAGAAUUAUAAUAAUUAGGUAUAACGUAUAACCUGUGUCAUUUAAAAAUUUUAAUUUGUCAUCAAAAAAUUCAUAUCAGAUUACCAGAAAUUGAAAAAUGGAAUCUAAAAGAAAAUGUACUGUACUUUCUUACUUCAAAAAGAAAUUAAAACCAACCAAUAACAAUGAGGAGACCUCUGUGAAUACCCAAAUGAAUAUUGAAAGUGUGUCAAUGAAUAUUACACUGCCACUGCAAAACUGAUUCUACAACCAUAACACAGUCCGUGUUCUAUAUAAGAGAUUGUUAUGCUAUAACUUGCCACAUACAGUGUUUAAAAAAGAAAUUUUCACAAUUAAGUCUUCAUAACAAUCUUAAAAUUAUUUUUCAUAAUAGUUAAUCUGCAAUUGAUUAACUAUUAAACAGUGGGGCAAUAUUACUGCAGAAAGUGGAAACUAAAGCAUCAGAAAAUGAAGUCUUUUUACCAAAUACAGAAUCACCAGAUUGUUGGGACGAUAAACAAGUGAAGUAUUUUACAGAAGAAUAUUCAUGGAUUUUUUUCAAUAAAAAAAAAAUUGGUUGCAAAAUAUGUUCUAAGGCCAAUUUUAAUUUAACAAAACACCAAGGCACUCAUGGUUCACAAGAAUGGAUGAAUGGAGAAAUAUGUAAAGUUGGAGAUGAUUUUAAGAAACAGCAAACAAAUUUAAGAAAAAAAAUUUCAAAACAUAAAUCUUCUCAAAGCCAUUUACACGCUGAACGUAUAAUUGAAAAACAAAAGUUGGAAAUUAUGCCAACUCAAGUAUUAAAAACUUCAUAUAUUGACAUUGAAAAUACAAAAAGAAUAUUCAGGACAGCAUAUACCAUAGCAAAGAAUCAAAGACCUUACACAGACAUGCAAAAUUUAGUGGAUCUUCAAAUAAUUAAUGGCUUGGAUAUGGGGAGAAUUCUUCAAACAAAUAAAGCAUGUAGCAAUAUAAUUGAUCAUAUAACAUUUGAAAUGCGAAAGAAACUAUGUCUUGACCUUUUGCAUAACAAAAGAAAAAUAUGUAUUAUUGUUGACGAGUCUACAACGUUAAGCCAAAAGAGUAUGUUGGUUAUUUGUUUGAGAUCUGCUGUAUCCAAUAACAAUGAUGUGAUUACAUACUUUUUUAAUAUUAUUGAAGUUCAAAAUACAUCUGCUAAUUCUAUAAAAACUGCUAUUUUAACUGAUCUUUAUGCACAUGGGUUAACGGACGAUUUUUUAAAAGAAAAUUUGAUAGCUUUUGUGAGCGACGGUGCUUCAAAUAUGUUGGGUAGAUUGUCCGGUGUUGGUGUUCAGCUACAAAGCAUAUAUCCUAACAUUUUAAUUUGGCAUUGCUGUAACCAUCGAUUAGAAUUAGCAGUAUCUGAUACAUUAAAAGAAGUUCAAGGAACAAAUCAUUUCCAGUCAUUCAUAGAAAAAAUAUAUGCAUUGUAUCAUCAAUCACCCAAAAACAUGAAUGAACUUAGUGAGUGUGCUGCUUCAUUAGAAACGAAACUCUUACAUAUUGGUAAAAUCUUCACAAUUAGAUGGGUUGCUUCUAGUGAAAAAACAUUAAAAGCAGUUUGGAAUAAUUAUGUGUCACUAUCUGAUCAUUUUUCUAAAGCAGCUAUUGAUAUAAAAAGAGACUCAAAAGAAAGAUCUAAAUAUGUGGGCCUAAAACGUAUUCUAACAUCAGUAGAAUUUAUUAUGAAUCUAGGAAUUAUGUAUGAUGGGCUAUCUGAACUUGCAGACUUAUCGUUACAGUUGCAAGAGAGAAGUUUAUCACUUUCAGCUGCAAAUAGGGCUAUAGAACGUACCAUUAGAAUAUUUGAUUCAAUGGCUAAUAUAUGUGGACCAAAAACACAAGAAGCUAUGGAUGCAGGGACACAUUUUAUGUUCAAAAAUGUACAAUUAAUCACAAACAAAUCAAUUCCUAAAAUUCAACAUGGUCAGUUCUUUAUGAGUUUAGCUAAUAACUUGGGUACUAGACUAUUUACUACUCAAGCAAAUCAUGUGUCUAAAAAUAAAAAUGGCUUUAAAAGUGAGUUUGAUGAACUUUUAAAAGAUUUGGAUGUGUUAAAUUCUAAUUACUGGCCUGAUAAUGUUGAUAUUCUGUAUGGAGAUGACUGUGUUAGAAGAUUAGUUACAAGGUUUCAUUUAGAUGAAAAAACUACGAUCCGAGGAUUCCGUGAGUUUAAAGAUACAAAAGAUUCCUCACAAAUAAACGAUCUACAUCCUCUUUUGACUGCAGUCAGAACAAUUGCAAUUUCUUCCUCUGAAUGUGAGAGAUCAUUCAGUGCGAUGAACAACAUAGUAACAUCAAAAAGAAAUGCUUUGACUACAGGGCAUAUAUCUUCAUUGGUUUUUCUUAACUGCAUCGGACCUCCCAUUCAGUUGUUCAAACCAGAUCAUUAUGUUGAGACCUGGAUUAAAAGUGGCAGAAGAAAUGCAGAUGAAUUAAAUUGUCCUAAAAGAUCUUUUAAAGAUGAAGAUAAAUCAUAUGACCAUUUAUGGACCUUAUUUAAUAUGUAGUAUUAUGUCUUAAAAAAAUAAUUAACAAAAGAGUGUAUUUUUCUUUUAAGUUUUAAUAUAUGUUUGUAUAACAAAUUUAUUUUUUUGGGAUUAUGGGUGGUUGAAGGGGGGUGUGGGGGGCUUUGCCCCCCACGGUAAUGUGACGGUUAAUUUUGUGUGGAACGCUUGUUCAUCAAAUAUCUGCUGAGUCCCCCUUCUAUUUUUUUUCCAAAUCAAGCACU